AUGAGGAGGAAAAGAAGAAAAGCUUAUAAAAAGUGGAAAAUCUUGAAUGCUGCAGGAGGUACCUCUCAGCCUUCCGGUCAUGCGUGCCAAAGAAAUGUAAAAGAUGUUAAAAAGGAAGUCGAAGGAGACACCUCAGAGGCUGUGUUUCACCAGACUGGGGCUUUAGGGAAAUCUAAGGAAAAUGGAAGUAAACAGAUGUCCAAUUCUGUGAAUGAAAAGCAGAAUUCCUCUCUUCUUCCAAAAGCUGAGAAACAGUCUCCGUCUGACAACAACGCACAUCGGGAGAAGGAAAGCGAUGAUCCUCCUUCGGCCAUCUCUCAUCAGCUCAAGAAAGUCUUGCCAGUGGUCGUAUUUCAUGACUGUGGAGAAUCAUUAUCAGAAAAAAUUACACUGCACGAUUUCCCAGGCACAGUAGAAGGCUUGAAACCAGAAAAAGGUAAAUUUAUUACAGAAGUGAAAUGUGAGGCUUUCCAUGUACAAGUAGAAAUCAAGAAAAACAUUUUCUGCAAAACAGGUACACGGUUCUCAACAAAGAGAUGUCGAGCCUGUCGCAGGUUGUUUCCUGCCAGGCACGUUGGGAAAUGCUGCACUGCUAAAAGAUGCUUCCCUAAACACAAUGAUAAAUUGGCAGAACAAUUAAAAUCUGAGGUGCCAUCAAAAUAUGAAAGAGAAGUUACCAGAACUGAGAGCCCCUCGCUGAAAGUAAGCAUUGUGGGUAAGGAAAUUAAAGUUAAAUACGGGAAUAAGAAGCAGAAUCUGUCAAUUAAUAUAACCCAUCCUAAAAGAAGAGGAAAGAUAAAUAAAUACAGAAACCUUUCCUCCAACCACACCACUGAAGAAGAACUGUCCAGGUCUCCUUCACAUUCUAGUGUUAAGCACGCUGGAAAGAAAAUCCGUGAAGAAAAGCAACAGAAUGCACAGAGUGGGCAUGUCUCUCCUCCUGAUGCGCUCACUGUCUGGAAAGAGAACUCUAGCAUAGCUGUGGCUUCUCUCACGUCGGAUCUUAAGAGAGAGAAAAGCAAGGCCAACUCACUGUCCUCAGGCUCCAAUGCUUCUCAGGGAGAAUCUGCCGUCCCGCAGCACAGCGUCUUUAGACUUAGGCAGCUCUCUCCCGAUAGGUCACAGUUCUCCGCAGCUGACACUGUUCACAUAAACAUUGGUUCUGCUUCAUGUGACAGCCUACCGACUACAAGUUCAAGUAAUACAGAUGUAAGCAAAUUGUCUUUUGAGGAUCCUAAGGAUGGGGAUAGAGAGAGAAAGACCAAGUGUGAUGUCUCAGGAACUAUCACAGCAGAGUCAAAUAUAAAGCAAAUCACUGAAGGAAACCCUUUGCUAGGCACCGUUACUGACGUUGCUCCCGUUCAAGAAGGCUCCGAGCCUGGCUUUUGUUCUUUGCCUCCUCAAACCAGGCAGCACUCAGGAGAAAAGGCAGUCAAUGCCGAGUGCAAAGGCAGCAGAACUCCCCCUGCAGAAGACCACGAGGUCUCACAUGUUCCAUCAUUCUCUUCCAGCCAAAGUGGGCUGAAGCCGUCUACCUCAUCUAGCCCAUCUCACUGGGCCGCCAGACACUCAGAAACCAGAGAGAACCCAGAAUAUACAUUUUCUUUUAAUCACUGUGCCAAGUUUGUUACAGACCAUGAGAAAGAUGAUGGUGAUGUGACCGAUGGUGACAUUGGCAAAGUCAUUUUGCAUGGUGACUAUUGUGAAAACACACAGCAAUUUGUGGAAAGGAAGCAUGAACAGAGUCCAUCGUCCAGUCCUGUGUCUUGCAGCAGCCUAGAUGCUGGGGACCUGCACCAGAGUAUCAACCACAGAUCUGAAAUAAUGGACCAAUUGGAGGUCCAGGGACACCAUCCAGAGAAGACACUCAGCCAAACAAAAGGGCCAGCCAUGAUUUCCUUAACAGAUGGAUCAGAGAGAAAGUUCAUUGCUCAUAAUGAUAAAGAAGGUCCAGUUGAUUCGAAUUGUCCUCUGGGAAUGAGAACCCCUGAGGAGUCACUGGGUUCUGUGGGACAGGAUGAACACAACAAGCUUCAGUUGAUACCAGUGCUAAAGAAUGCAUGUCACAGAGAUUCUGAAGACCUCUCCAGGGGGACUCACAAUCAAGUCUGUUUUCAAAUGGACCUCCCACUAAACACUGCUGAUGAUGAGCUGUUUCUUAUUGAGAAAAUGCUACCUAGGGGUGCAGACCGAUACAGUAACCAUGAUGCAAAACCCAUCAUACCACCCAGUUCUCCACAGGAGCCAGAAAAAUACCAAAAGGUUGCAACAAGAAAAUCAAAUUCUGAAGGAGGUGAGCACAAAUACAGUUGCUAUCACCCAACAGGUAUGCUUCUGUCUCCUCAGAAGCAGAGAGACUUUGCAAGGUAUGACCAGAAUGUGGAAAUCCUUAGCCUCCGCAAGUUGUCCCAGGAACUGGCUCUCAGAGGUGGGAGAGCCAGCGACAGUUCCCAGGAAGAUGCAAUAGACCAGUGGGCCAGGAGGAGGCAGCAGCUCAGGGACGGGAGAAGAUGCAACUCGGCAGGAGGGAGCUCCUUCACCAGCAACCUCACCGAAGGAUCUAUAACCUCAGAUGACGGUCCUUUUAUGGAUUUUGGCUUUCGAGUUGAUAUUGAAGAGAAAGGAUUCUACACAGAGAACUUUCACUCAGCAGCAUGGGUUUUCAGAGGCGACGAUGGAGAUCCUGAAGACAGCCCCCGGUGUCUUAGUAAGAAGCCACGGCCAGUAGCUGUUCGUGAACGAACUGUGAGAUUAUUCAAAGGAACUGGAGACUGUCCCUGGGGAUUCCGAAUUCAGUUCUCCAAACCCAUCAUGGUAACCGAAGUGGAUGCCAACAGCGCUGCUGAAGAAGCCGGGCUCCAGAUUGGAGAUGUGGUGCUGUCGGUCAACGGCACCGAGGUCACCAGUGUGGAGCACGCCGAAGCUGUGCACCUUGCAAGGAAAGGUCCAGACAUCCUGACUCUAGUGGUGGGAUCUGACAUCAGCCGCUGUCCCAAUACCCCGUGGCCAACCUGCCGUGGCUAUCUCCACAAGCGGACUCACUCGGGCUUCGUGAAGGGCUGGAGGAAGAGGUGGUUUGUGCUGAAGCACGAUGGCUGCCUCCAGUAUCAUAAGCACAAAAAGGAUGAAGGAAAAUUACCACCUCUAGAAACAGUAAAAUUAGAAGGUGCUGAAGUUUCCAUUGAUAGCAGCUUGGGAAAACCGUUCGUGUUUAACUGUACCCCUCAGUCUGGAAAUAGAAUUUUUUGCCUAUGUGCAACCUCAAACCAAGAAAUGAAAAGGUGGCUUGAAGCAAUGGACAGAGCUGCCCAUCCCACCCACCAGAGCCAUGUGUGGGAAGACAUCACUCUGCACAACAGCAGCCUCCCGCCCCUGGCUAUCAAGAACCCCGAGUGCCUGGGUCUCCUGCACCAGCUGGACAGAAGCAUGGAUUCGUGGGUCCAGCACUACUGCAUCCUGAAGGACGGCUGCUUAUAUUUCUAUGCCAGCAUUCGCUCCACGCAGGCCUUGGGUGGCCUAUAUCUGCAAGGCUAUAGGGUGAGUGAACAGAUCCAUAGCUUCAAAGAAUCAGUAAUUGAACUCAAACCUUCAUCGGAAGAAUUCAAGACUUUCUAUUUCUGUGCAGACAACAAAACAGAAAAUCAACGGUGGAUUACAGCUCUGAAAACAUCUAUCAAAAAGUGGCUUCCUUUGCAUCAGGCUAUUCAAGACUUCAUGAAUCGCCCUCUAGAAGAAACCAAAAUGUGAAAUAAACUCUAAUUCUUAAAAGAAAGCAUCCACAACAUCAGAGCCAAUUUACUGCAGGAAGAAACA